ACGCCGGUCUCCAUGUCGUCUGUGUCGGUGUCCUCUCAGGAGGGGCGGAGCAUGUCCAGGAUGUCUCUGAGCCGCUCACCUGUGUCCCCGAUGACCGCCCAGGGCAUCCCUUCACCUGCCCAGCUCACCAAGGCCAACGCCCCCGUCCACAUCGACGUCGGGGGGCACAUGUACACCAGCAGCCUGGCAACGCUCACCAAAUACCCCGAGUCCAGGAUCAGUCGUCUGUUUAACGGCACGGAGCCCAUCGUGUUGGACAGUCUGAAGCAGCACUACUUCAUCGACAGAGACGGAGACAUCUUCCGCUACAUCCUCAGCUUCCUGCGGACCUGCAAGCUGCUCCUGCCCGAAGACUUCAAGGACUUCCCCCAGCUGUACGAGGAGGCUCGGUACUACCAGCUGACCCCGAUGGUGCGGGAGCUGGAGCGCUGGCAGGCGGAGCGAGAGGCCCAGCGGGCGUCGCCCUGCGAGUGUCUGGUGGUUCGCGUCACGCCCGAUCUGGGCGAGAGGAUCGCGCUGAGCGGCGAGAAGGUGCUGAUCGAGGAGAUCUUCCCAGAGACCGGAGACGUCAUGUGCAACUCCGUCAACGCCGGCUGGAACCAGGACCCCACCCACGUCAUCCGUUUCCCCCUCAACGGAUACUGCAGACUCAACUCUGUGCAGGUCCUGGAGCGUCUCUUCCAAAAGGGCUUCAGCAUGAAGGCGUCCUGCGGCGGGGGGGUCGACUCGUCCCAGUUCAGCGAGUACAUCCUGUGUCGCGACCUGCGGCACUGCCAGUCCAUCGGCAGCACCCCGAUCCGGAUCAAGCAGGAACCUCUGGACUAAACGCCGCCGACAAACUUUACCGACGGCCGUCGAGUCACAUCUGGAUCCCGCAGACGUCUCCGGCAGCUGGUGGACAAAACAACACCUGACCUGAAGACUUGACAGGACUUCACCUUUGACCUCCGCGGACGUCAACAGAUCUGAAGAUGCUUUGAGCUUCGGUUUGGAUCGAGUGAAAGAAAGAAACAAGCCAAACUGCCACAAAGCCACGUGUAAAUAAUAUUUGUAAUAGGAAUCUGUUUGCUCGGUGAAUAUCGUCCUCUGAACGGAAAGAUCAUUUUUAUAAGUGUACGAAAGCCUCGGGUGCAUAAUUUAAAUCUUUUUAUAAAACUUCCAUUUUCAAAAUGUAUAUUUAAUGUAUUUGUUAGCUUA